AUGGCAGCCCCCGCCCUGCUGCUCCUAGCACUGCUGCUGCCCGUGGGGGCCUGGCCCGGGCUGCCCAGGAGGCCCUGUGUGCACUGCUGCCACCCGGCCUGGCCCCCUGGACCCUAUGCCCGGGUGAGUGACAGGGACCUGUGGAGGGGGGACCUGUGGAGGGGGCUGCCUCGAGUACGGCCCACUAUAGACAUCGAAAUCCUCAAAGGUGAGAAGGGUGAGGCCGGGGUCCGAGGUCGUGCCGGCAGGAGCGGGAAGGAGGGGCCGCCAGGCGCCCGGGGCCUGCAGGGCCGCAAAGGCCAGAAGGGGCAGGUAGGGCCGCCAGGCGCCGCGUGCCAACGUGCCUACGCGGCCUUCUCCGUGGGCCGGCGCGAGGGCCUGCACAGCUCCGACCACUUCCAGGCGGUGCCCUUCGACACGGAGCUGGUGAACCUGGACGGCGCCUUUGACCUGGCCGCGGGCCGCUUCCUCUGCACGGUGCCCGGCGUCUACUUCCUCAGCCUCAACGUGCACACCUGGAACUACAAGGAGACCUACCUGCACGUCAUGCUAAACCGGCGGCCCGCGGCCGUGCUCUACGCGCAGCCCAGCGAGCGCAGCGUCAUGCAGGCCCAGAGCCUGAUGCUGCUGCUGGCCGCGGGCGACGCCGUCUGGGUGCGCAUGUUCCAGCGAGACCGGGACAACGCCAUCUACGGCGAGCACGGAGACCUCUACAUCACCUUCAGCGGCCACCUGGUCAAGCCGGCCGCCGAGCUGUAG